AUGGCUCUCCUUUCGUCUUCAACAACCCCUUCUGCUUUCUCGGCCCAUCUAAUCAUCUCCGACACAGCCAGCGGAAACUCCGCCCGCGCUCGCUCCCAGGCCGCCGGCGCAUCCAUCCAGAGCCUCCCGCGCACCGGUGGCUACUCAUCCAGCCAGAACGCCCCGCCCCGCCGUAUCAUCACCCCUGUCCGCAAUGGGGACUCUUCCCCGGCCGGACGCUUCCAAACACCGCGUACUCAGCCCCGCGUACAAACCCGCGUAGGCGGCGGUCCGGGCGGUGGCCCAUACCGCUCAUACCCAAGAGCAGGAUCAGCGCCAGGAGGAGGACCUCGUACGCCAGGUAGAUUCGGGAACAAAGGACCUCCCGGCCGCGGCGGGCCACGGCAAGGCGGCGCCGGGGGCAAGCGGAGGAGCCGCAACGGGCCGAAGAAGGAUGACGACGGCAGCGGGAAAAACGUCCAACUGUCGAAGCCGAUGCUGCAGUAUCUGCUCCAGCUGAAGGCCAAACGGCGCGCGGUCAAGUCGUACACGCCGCACGACACCACCAAGGCGGAGCUCACCUCGCAGUCUGCGCUGUCCGCCUCCCUCGGCCAGCCCGGCGGCGCCCCCGCCCUGCUCGACGCCCGCCUCCGCUCCCUUGCCGACCGCGCCCUGCUCGACGACCCCGUCCCCAUCCUCGCGCAGGCCCGCCGCCUGGUGCGCGGCCAGUUCGUCAAGUUCGCGUCCGACACCGAGCGCGAGGCCGUCAUGGCCCUCGUCGCCGACGAGCAGGCCCGCAUCGCGCGCAAGCUCUCGGACAAGAAGGGCGAGGAAAUCGCGCCCAAAGCCAUCGAGUUCGCCGAGCUCGACCCCGCCGCCAGGAAGGCCACCACCGACGCCCUCGUCGCCGGCGCCUACACCGUUCGCGCCCGCGCCGUCGAACCCCCCGCUACCGCCCACACCAGGACCGCCAACAACGACAAGCCUAUCGACGCCAACUACAACGUCGCUACCCGCAUGCUCGACCUCAACGCCAGUUACGUCGGCGGUGACGCGGACAGGUUCCUCGGUAGGCUGCACGCCAUCAUGAAUGUACAGGGUGGCCCCACUGGAAAGCGGCAGGAGAAGGCUCAGAAGGCAUAG